AUGUUCUCAAUGCCUUUUCGCUCUGCUAAUUUCAAAUCCCAAGCUGCCAUCACCAGCAUGGAGGAUCGCAUUGUGAGAGUUAGAGAAGAUAUCAAGGAUCUCAAGAGCUUCUACCACAUCAGCAUCUCGCCGACAAGAGAGUCGCGUCUACGCGAGUACUACAAUAGCGAACUCGAUUCCCUCGAACAGCUAGACUUUUCAUCAUUUGACCAGCAUGACAAGGUCGACUAUCUUCUCCUAAAGAACUACCUUGAACGACAACUACGUGAUCUGGAUCUGCAGGCCACCAUGGACAAAAAGGCAGAUGUGCUAUUAUCCUCGUACGCGCGGCAGAUUGUCCAACUCUGCGAGAACCGCGUGCGGGUGGUGCGGAUGGACGCGAAGAAUGCAGCAGAGGAGCUGUCUCGCGUGCACGAAGAGAUUGUGCAGGUCAAGGGACAAGUAGGAAAAGCCCAGAUUGCACUGGACAGGUCCAGCGCUUUCCGUGCGGCGAGGAUCGUGGACGAGCUGCGAUCCAACCUGCAAGAGUGGUUCGGCUUCUACAAGGGCUACGACCCGCUGUUCUCCUGGUGGGUGCCUGCUCCUUACACUGAGGUCGAGAGCAGCCUGUGCGAACUGGCAGCCGCCAUCCGCCAGAAGAUGGUUGGGGUCCAACCAGACGAUAAAGAUACCAUCGUCGGUCAGCCUAUCGGUCGCCAGGGCCUUCUGGAAGAGCUCUCGGCGGAGAUGAUCGACUACAGCCCGGAAGAAAUCAUCUGGAUCGGCGAACGCGAGCGCCUGUGGUGCGAGACGGAGCUCAAAAAGGUCUCCCAGGAACUGGGCUACGGAAAUGACUGGCACCGGGCCAUGGAAUACGUCAAAGAUCUGUACGUCGAGCCCGGGAAGCAGAGGGAGCUCGUGCACGACCUGGCCUGGGAAGCGAUCGAGUUCGUCCAGAGACACGACAUGGUGACCGUCCCACCGCUGGCGGCGGAGGCCUGGCAGACGUUCAUGAUGAGUCCGGAACGCCAGAAGAUCAACCCGUUCUUCCUGGGGGGCGAAUGCAUCCAGGUCUCCUACCCGACAGGCGCGAUGAGCCACGAGGACAAGCUCAUGAGCCUGCGCGGGAACAAUAUCCAUUUCUCGCGCGCGACCGUCUUCCAUGAGCUCAUUCCAGGCCAUCACCUCCAGCUGUUUAUGAAUGCGCGAUAUCGCACAUACCGACAGCUCUUCGAUACCCCGUUCUGGAUCGAAGGCUGGUCGCUGUAUUGGGAGAUGAUCCUGUGGGACAACGACCGGUUCCCGAAGACGCUGGAGAACCGCCUGGGGAUGCUCUUCUGGCGCCUGCACCGCUGCGCGCGAAUCGUCUUCUCCAUCAAGUUUCAUCUCGGACAGAUGACGCCGCAGCAAUGCGUGGACUUCCUCGUCCGCAACGUCGGCCACGAGCGCGCGACGGCCGAGGGCGAAGUGCGACGGUCGCUGUCCGGGGAAUACCCUCCUCUGUACCAGGCUGGGUACAUGCUGGGAGCACUGCAGAUCUACUCUUUGCGACAGGAGCAGGUGGGGAGCGGACGCAUGACGCAGAAGGAGUUCCACGACGGGAUCCUGAGGAACAACUGCAUGCCGAUUGAGCUGUUGAGGGCGUUAUUGCAGCACCAGCCGCUGUCAAGGGAGUACAGGGCCUGCUGGAAGUUCUAUGAGCAUGGCCUGUAG